AACAUAGCCAACUUCAUUCGCUCUUAUUGCCCAUCCUUCUUUGAGCUUUGACUGUUCCUCGUACAACUACUAUUUACAUGCCAUUCUCACUUUCCAUGAUGAUUCCCCAUGGCGCACGGCAGGCCUUGCGCCGAAUAAAUGAACGAUCAGUUAAUGAGGACGAGCAGGCAGACACCAAAGACGAGACUCCUGAACAUCUACCCAGUGCCUGGGACGCCCUGCGAGUCCGCAGUUUCUUACAAUGGAGACUAGGCGUACCUGUCGAGAUCGUGGACCAAAUCAUCGACACAGCCGAAUACUGGCCCUCAACCACAGCCACAAUGGCGCCCCCAGAAAAAGGCACACACCGAAUCAUCAGAAAAGACCGAGACCAAGUCCUUCUGAAGACUGUCCCACUCUGCUACGAUCGAAAGCAACUUGAACGCUCACCCGAUUCACCAAAACCACUACCCCACCGUUCUACUAACCAUCCAUGCCGGAAAAUCGUGUUCCACUUAUCGUCUCAUGAUCAAGGCCCCGGCCGGAUUAAUGAGAAUAUGUACGAACAUUCCUGGACGUGGUUCGAUGCAGAAAUUAUCCGUGGCGCGCACGAGAAGAAGAUGUACGUUGAUGGUGAGGAGCAAGUGCUUUUGGAACAUGAGAAGGGUGAAACGACUAUACCCCGUGGACCGGAUGAUCCUCUUCUGUUGCCUAGUGAACAUAAGGUUCAAGUGAAUGGUGCUCGUGUGUCUGAGAUGCAGGAUGUUGAGAUUAUCUGGGACUCAGAAGAUAAUGUCCAGCCUGAUUCACCGGCGGCACUUGAUGUUGAACAAACCAAGGGGCGUGGUCGGGCUACUCUUGAUGGACGGGUUGUGCGGGAGAUGCAGGUUGGGGAUUCUGUUGCUCUUUGGGCGAGAGCGCGCUUUCCUGGGUGGUCGAAUCAUGUUUACCGUGCUUCUGUGACUGUGUAUUGGGCUGUUUGAGGAUGGGAGUGUUAGGCUAUAGGUAGGCCCACUCUACAUGAG